AUGCUACUUGUCACACUCUGGUCAAGUUUGCUGGCCUUGACAGCUCAGGGUGUCGCCCAAGAUUAUGGCACUUCACCCCCGGUUUAUCCCAGUCCCCCAAGCACGGGGAUUGGAUGGGAAGUAGCCUUUACUCAGGCCCAGGCAUUUGUGUCCAACCUGACACUCGAAGAGAAAGCUCAACUGGUGACAGGUACCGAAGGGCCAUGUGUCGGCAACAUUGGUGGUAUCCCACGCGUCGGGUUUGACGGGCUUUGUCUCCAAGACGGCCCCCUCGCCAUCAGACAAGCAACAUAUGCUUCUGUCUUCCCUGCAGGGUUAACGGCUGCGGCGUCAUGGGACAGGGGGCUUAUUUAUCUCCGCGGGUUGUUCUUGGGAGCAGAAUUCAAAGGCAAAGGGAGCCAUGUCGCCCUUGGGCCCGUUGUUGGACCUUUAGGACGCUCUGCGUAUGGUGGACGUGGUUGGGAAAGCUUUUCCCCUGAUCCAUACCUGACCGGCGUCGCAGCAGAAAACACCAUUUGGGGUAUGCAACGGAGCGGCGUUCAAGCUUGUCUCAAGCACUACAUUGGCAAUGAGCAGGAAACGCAUCGGAAUCCAGCAUUAUCUCCGAACGGCACCACAAUCGAAGCCGUCUCCUCAAACAUUGAUGAUCGCACAAUGCACGAGUUGUAUCUGUGGCCAUUCGCACAUGGCGUCCGGGCGGGCACGGCUUCUAUCAUGUGCUCAUACAACCGACUGAAUGGGUCCUACGGGUGUCAGAACUCCAAGACGCUGAACGGCCUGCUGAAAACGGAGCUGGGGUUUCAAGGCUAUGUGAUGUCCGACUGGCAAGCAACGCAUGCCGGAGUCCAUGCCAUCAAGGCAGGAUUGGACAUGGACAUGCCUGGGAGCAUUGGCGGCUUGCAGAACACCUCGUUCUUUGGUGGGAAUGUGACUCGAGCGAUCAAAAACGGGACCCUCGACCAGGAUCGUCUCGACGACAUGGCCAGACGGAUCAUGACUCCGUACUUCUAUCUGAACCAGAACGAAUACCCGCCAGUCGACAAAACGGAGCCUACGCUCAACUCAAACUAUCCGCCUUAUGACCAUCCCUUUACAUUUGGGGCUUCUAAUGUGGAUGUUCGGAAUGGCCACGGCCAACUUAUCCGCGAUAUUGCUGCUGCUGGUACAGUCCUGCUCAAGAACACAAAUGACGCCCUGCCCCUCAAGGCGCCCAAGACCCUUGGUGUAUUCGGAAAUGAUGCCGGUGACUUGGUGAAUGGACAAUAUUUCUUGACUUCUGCCUUCCAGAAUCCAUUCGGCUAUGAAUAUGGAACCCUUCCUAUUGCUGGUGGCAGUGGGACUGGUCGUCUAUCAUAUCUCGUCUCUCCGCUCGAGGCGCUCAAAGCACGUGCUGCCUUGGAUGGGACCCUUGUCCAGUAUAUCCUCAACAACAACCUGCUUACUCAACCAAGUGGCCUUGGUGCGAUUGUGCCUGUCCCAGAAGUCUGCCUCGUGUUUCUCAAAUCCUGGGCAAGUGAGGGAAGUGAUAGGGCUAGUCUAGAAGCAGACUGGGACAGCUCAGCGGUCGUCAGCUCCGUUGCUGCAUACUGCAACAACACCGUGGUCAUCACCCACUCAGCCGGUCUGAACGUUAUGCCCUGGGCCAAUAACCCCAAUGUCACAGCCAUUCUUGCAGCACAUCUUCCGGGACAAGAAUCUGGCAACGCUAUCGUCGACAUACUCUACGGAACGGUCAACCCGAGCGGCAAACUGCCGUAUACCAUCGCUUUGAGUGAGAGCGAUUAUAGGUUUAGCGACAUCACCAACUCCACCAAGUUGCUGGAGACCGAAGAUCCAAACGCAUGGCAAUCGAACUUCACCGAGGGUUUGCUGAUCGAUUAUCGGCAUUUCGACUAUUACAACAAGUCCGUGUUGUACGAGUUCGGAUUCGGCCUAUCGUACACUACCUUCGACAUGUUUGAUUUGAGCACGGACAUGCCCAACACGACUAUCAACCCCCUUCCGGACUCUUUGCCCAUAGCCCCAGGCGGGAACCCGUCUCUGUGGCAGAUAGCCUGCACGGUGAAUGUUACGGUGAUGAACACCGGCGACGUAGCCGGCGCAGCGGUGCCGCAACUAUACCUUUCAUUUCCCCCAAUUCCCAGCCCCAUGCCCACACCCCUGAAUGUGCUUCGCGGCUUCGACAAAAUAUGGCUUGAGCCUAGCGAGUCGCAGACCGCGAGCUUUCUGCUGACGAGGCGGGAUUUGAGUUAUUGGAACGUCGAGACGCAGGAGUGGGUGAUUCCUAUUGGGGCAUUUGAAGUGACUGUUGGGUUCAGUUCGAGGGAUUUGUGGUUGAAAGGGCAGUUGACUGUCACAGAACGAGAUUGA